AUGGCUGCCUCGUCAACGGGGUUGUGCACAGUUGUAUGCUGUAUAAAUAGAAAAAUUACAACACGGUACCUGAGGAUAUUCUCUCAAAACGCCUGCCAUCACGUAUGCAGUAAGAGUUUUGGGAGCUCUACCCAGCGUUGCCACAGUCAAGCUCAAAUAAAAAAGAAAAGCAGCGUUCCCCAGCAGCUGGUCGGUGUUGUUGGUUUGGAGGUCCACGCACAGAUCCACUCCAACACAAAGCUGUUCUCAGGAUCCCAGGUCAGAUUUUCUGCUCCGCCAAACUCCUUGGUGUCCUUCUUCGACGCAUCCCUGCCCGGCACUUUACCCGUGCUGAACAGAAGAUGUGUGGAGGCAGCGGUAAUGACAGGGCUGGCCCUCGAAUGCACCAUCAACAGGAAGUCACUGUUCGACCGGAAACACUACUUCUACGCCGAUCUACCUGCAGGCUAUCAGAUCACUCAGCAGCGGCUGCCCAUUGCAGUUGACGGGAGGCUCAGGUACAGUCACCUGGUUGGACGCAAGCAGAACCAGGUGGUGACCAAGAGUGUGCGGAUCAAGCAGAUCCAACUGGAGCAGGAUAGCGGCAAGAGUCUUCAUGAUGACAGCCGGAGCCAGACCCUCAUCGACCUCAACAGAGCAGGCGUGGGGCUGAUGGAGCUGGUGAUGGAGCCGGAUCUGUGCUGUGGUGAGGAGGCAGCCGCCGCUGUGCGGGAGCUCCAGCUCAUCCUGCAGACCCUGGGGACCUGCCAGGGAAACAUGGCUGAGGGCCAGCUGAGGGUUGAUGCCAACGUCUCCGUGCAUCGGCCAGGGGAGCCGUUGGGAGUGAGGACUGAGGUGAAGAACAUUAACAGCGCCCGCUUCCUGGCGAGGGCCAUAGAAUACGAGAUUCAGAGACAGAUGGAGGUCAUCGAGAGCGGUGGAACAGUGCUGAACGAGACCCGGGCCUUUGAUUACAAAUCCGGGCAGACCUUUCCAAUGAGGGACAAGGAAGGCCUUCAGGACUACAGGUUUAUGCCGGAGCCCAACUUGCCCCCCCUCAUGCUGUACGACAGUGAAACGGCCCCCCCUCCCCAAUGGGUGGACCUGCAGCAGGUGGUACUCAUAGACGCCGUACGGAAGAGGAUCCCGGAGCUGCCGGCCGUGCGGAGGGAGAGGCUGGUGGACACCUUCGGCCUCCUGCCUGAGCACAGCUUCACCCUGGUGAAUGAGGACGGGCUGAUGGACUACUUUGUGGGUGUGGCCAGCCAGACCAGGGCAGAGCCAAAGAAGGUGAUUGGCUGGGUAAUUAAGGACGUGCUGGGUCUCCUCAAGCAGCAGGGCCUGAAUGUGAGCCAGAGCCCUGUCUCUCCACGCUGCCUGGCUCAGCUGCUGGACCUGCUGGAGGACGGACGAGUUUCCUCCUCCGCAGCCAAGCUGGUGUUCCUGGAGCUGUGGAAGGGAAGUGGGCGGAGUCCAGCGCAGAUUGUAGAGGAGCAGGAUUUGGGUCUGAUGGACGACAGCGCUGAGUUAAUACGGAUAUGUCAGGGUGUCAUCGACUCGCACCCAAAGGAGGUGCGGGCCAUCAGGACGGGGAACAAGAAGGUUCUCAACAAGCUGGUGGGCCUGGUGCAGAAGGAGACCAAAGGCCGGGCGGACCCCGUGCGGGUCAGGGCCAUUCUGGAGGAGGGCACGUCCUGAGGACCUGGAGCUGGCGCGAUGUGG